AAGUGAAACCUUUAGUGAGAUUUUGUGCAGUCGCUUUGAUAAUGAACCAUAUAACAACAUUAUCAGUAACUUCGAAAAAAUAAAAACCAUUAUCAGUAACUUAAGAAAAACAGAAAAGAAAAGACUAUGAUAAAGGGUUUAAGCCAAAGCAGAGUAGGCAAGCCCGAUAGUAAAGAAAUCUAAAAACUAUGAUAGCAAAUACUGGUUUAGUAUGCAUUAAUUCCACUGUAUUAAACCCCAAUAGCUUAUCCCCACUCUUUCACCAUGUGAACGCCUGCCCAGGGGCUUUGCAGGGCCAUCAUCACGUCCGGGGUUCGAUUCCCGGGAAGAAUGUGGCCAGCAUGUGCUGCUCGGCUCCUCCUUCGGCGACAGCUGUCGUUGCUGCCGACUCAGACCAGCGCCUCGUUGCCGACGUGGAGGAUGGUAAUGCUGAUGUGGAUGGCGAUGGCGAUGGCUCGUCUAAAGCGGGAGCGGCGAGUGGUGAAUCGGAGGGCGGGAGAUUGCGAUGGAACAUGCUGCUGAGCACCGAGGCCCUGGGAGAUGCUCACUUGUUAAGGGCGGGUAGUGUGACGGAUGCUCAUGUGCUGAGAAGGAAGGGGCGGUUGAAGGAACAGGAUGGACUUAUUGAGUUUGUUGUUUCUAUGCACAACACACAUUCGCCCUCUGAGGUAAUGGAAAAAAUGGAAAGAUGGGUGCGGGAGCACUUUGAGGAUCCACGACGCAGCACAUUGAGCAGACUUGUUCCUUCUAUUGGGCGUUUUCACACAUCAUUACCACUUAUUAGGGCCAUGCGGGAGUAUGAUGAAUUUGCUAUGAUUUCAAGGCGCAAAUUUGUACCUCCAAAUUUUGCUGAAAUUAGACAUGUACUAAACAUUGCACAGGUACAUGCAAUAGCAGAGCGAAUUUCAUUUGUAACAUUUGAUGCAGAUGGAACUCUUUAUGCAGAUGGUCACCAUAUAGAAGGAGAUAAUAAAAUGAUUGACCAUAUUGUUAAGUUCAUGCAACAUGGUGCCCAUGUUGCAAUUGUAACUGCUGCUGUUAUUUGUGUAGGAUAUCCAGAAAAUAGUUUGAAGUUUGAGGACCGAAUUGCCGGUCUACUCACAGCUUUUAAAGAACUUGGUUUACCCCCAAGCAUUACAAAUCUUUUCCACGUAAUGGGUGGAGAAUGCAACUAUUUGUUGAGAGUAAAUGACAAUUAUGGUCUGGAGUUUGUAGAAGAUAAGCUUUGGCAAUCAGAAGACAUGUUACAUUGGAAAGAACAAGAUAUCCAAAAGCUACUUGAUGAUGCUCAAUGUGCACUGAAGUCCGCUUCUGCCAGGCUACACUUACCAGUAGAAAUUGUGAGAAAGCCUCGAGCAGUGGGAGCCAUUCCUAAGGAACCCACUAUAUAUGAGGUACUUGAAGAGAUGGCCUUAACUGUUCAGAUGCAGCUGGUGGAUGCUGAGUUGCCAUUUUGUGCUUUUAAUGGUGGUGUUGAUGUAUUUGUGGACAUUGGGAAUAAGUCUGUUGGAUUAGGAGCGCUAAUGAGCUAUCUUCAUAAAAGGCCUUAUGAGACUUUGCAUAUUGGUGACCGCUUUACUGUCAGUGGGAAUGACUCUGCAACAAGAUCAAAGUGUUCAAUCCUAUGGGUAGCCAAUCCAGAUGAGACAGCCUUUUAUACGAGAAUGCUGUUGCAAGAUAUGAGGCUUGCACGCUUAACUCCAUACAUUGAGUGAUAUGCUAUUAAAAUAAAGUAGAUUGCACGAUUAUGAUGAUACUAUCAUAUAUUGUUAUCGAGUACUGGAUAGAGGUUUGUACAAAUUGCUGCAUGUAUAAUCAUGUCAAAAGUUUUGGUGUAUAUAGACUAUUCUCACUUGGGAUUAUAAUUAUUUAAGGAAAUUCUCA